GGAGCUACGACGCGUCUGUUUGCUAUCCCAAUCCUCUUGCAUGGACACUGUAAUUUACCCAUCUCGUGGAACAGAUGCCAUUUUUACUGCUUCCUUCAAAAGCGUAUGCCAGGCGCUCGCACAAUCUCACCAUGGAGACCUUCAAUCCAGAGAAUGGGCAGAUCUACACAGAAACCACAUCAAGUAGCGCAAGAUCUAUGGUCCCGUUAGCAUUUAAGGAGCGGAUUACAGGAAGACUUCUCGAUCCACGAGCCGCCAGGCACGCGAGGGGUGCAGGUUCUUUGCAGGAUAUGGCUAUGCGGGUAUGCUGUUGGAAUGUCGACCUGUUCAUGCCCGAAGCUCUAGCGUAUCCAGGGUGGGAACAUGCUGGAAAAGUGUAUCAAAAGCUCAAGUCUAGGGACGCUCUGAGUUUCAGAGCCUGGAUGAUCUUUCAAAAAGCUUAUCCUAAUCAGCCAGAACUUAGCCAUCACUUCCGAUUAGAGAUGCACGAUGUCGUCACAUUUUGGCCGGUUAUCAUCAAGAGUCUCGGCACGCUCAACACUAGUGUACUCACGCACUUCUGCGCCAACGGACUCAACUUAGAUCUCGCAGAGCUGAUGUCCCUCACGGAAGUACCCACAUUGACAGCUUUGAUCCAUACCAAUUCAUCUCAAAGGGAAACUCGCCCAUUUAGGGAACGUGCCAUACGCGACUGGUGUCGUGCAGUGCGCGAGAAGAAAGCGUUUCCAAAGCUGAAAGUGCUUUACUUGUCCUCGAUACCUGAUGCAAGACCCUCCGACAACGUGGUGCUGCACCAUCUCUCCAGAUUUUCUGCUCUCGUUCUAGUGGGCAUCGAGCGAACUAUUCCUCAUUCCCUGAUCAGCAAGUCAGAGAUUCAUGGACAAUGGCAGCGUUCAAGCACGACUCGCGAGCGCAAACUCAACACAACGAUGCACGACACAAAGGCGUCCAUAACCGAGAAGACAAGACACCUCUACAAAUACGCCUGCAGGGUCUCGGAGCCUCAGACGGAAGACGCUUAUCGCACACCAGAUGUUACACUGCGACAUGCACUCACAUGCACACACUCUCGACCCCAAGCAUAUGUAGCACCCCACCCAGUGCAAACCCAAUCAGAUAGGACCGUACAUCCUCUAGGAGCGGAACUGCCAGUCUCGCUCUCCCUGUCGUGUCACGCACCCCAACACGCGCGCUAUGUUGGUUCAGCAACCUGGUUCGUACGAAAACACUGUGAACACUGUUCGCCUGAGGAGCCACCAAAGCGAACACUCGACUCUCCAGCCCAUCAGGAAAACGACGAUCGGGGGACAAAGAAGCGCAAGAUCCGGCAGGCAAAGCAGUGCGAUGUGGGGACACUGCUCGACAUGUUUCGGCCGCCUCCUCCUGAUGGAACAGCGGGUUGAAUGCCUGUCUAUUGCAAUACCAGACAGAUGACUUUCACGCUCUUCAAUCACGGAUAGCUGGGAAAGCAUUCUCUGACAGGACCAUAGCCAUUACUCGACUAUUGAACAUCUUAUGGAACGCAUCCUCUGGCAAGGACAAAACCUAUACAUCCUGCAAGUACUUCCAAGGUGCGCCUUGUGCGCACCUUCCUCUUCUUCCAAAGGAGCGACGAUAGGAGACAACCGUACUCGUCCAGACUCGUCCAGAUCCUUGCGACUGCAAAUUUGCGCCGCGUGCUCAGCCUCGUCGCC